AUGGCUCAGGAGGGGACCAGAACAGGCCCCACCGCUCACCUGGCAACCACAGCCCCCAAAGCUCAGAGAUGUCCCAACAUGGUGGCAGUCGCCCAGAACCUAGACCCUGAUGGGGUUUCUUCUGGACGUUCUCAGCGUAAACUGAAGGUGGAGCUGCAGCAGAAGUUUGAGUGUGUGUUUGAGGGUAUUGCUAAAGCAGGAACCCCCACUCUCCUGAAGCAGAUCUACAUCGAGCUCUACAUCACAGAGGGAGGCUCUUCAGAGGUCAACCAGGAACAUGAGAGGUCUCGCGAAUACAACGAAGCCCCGGAAAUGUCACCAGGGCUGCUCCGUGUCACAAAACUCAACUUGAGCCAAACUCCACGGACACUAUGCGCUGCUGAUUCUCCCAAAACACGUCUGCAGAGCCCCGUGGGAGAUUAA